CCGGCUUUCUAAAGACGUAGUAUGCUUUCAAAGUGACAGCAUCUGUGUAACGAUGUCUUCCCCAAAGAGUUCUUCAGGUGAAGCUAGGAAACAGAAUGGUUCGCGGAAAAGAAAACGCCCUGAUCCACAAGAUUCGGAUUUAAACGGAAGAGCUAAAAGCAAGGCUGUCCGCGUGUCACCGCGUGAACCCGCUUUCUUGUUUGAACCAGACUUGACAAUUUCGUCUCCCGAGGAGCAAGUUUCCGACAAUCUAGAGCCGAUUACUUUACAGGACGCAAAAGAUGGAAAAGCAACAAGGCCAAUUCGUGUCUAUGCUGACGGUGUUUACGAUGUGUAUCAUUUUGGACACGCGAGGGCACUGAUGCAGGCGAAACAAGCUUUUCCGACAGAAGUAUAUCUGAUGGUGGGAGUGUCUAAUGACGAAUUGACGCACAAGUACAAAGGAUUCACAGUCAUGACAGAGGAUGAAAGAUAUGAAUCCCUGAGGCAUUGCCGUUAUGUUGAUGAGGUUAUCUGUGAUGCUCCUUGGGCAGUAACUCCUGAUUUUAUUGAACUCCAUAAGAUUGAUUUUGUCGCACAUGAUGACUUACCUUACAAGAGUGCUGGUGCUGAUGACAUUUACAAGGAGGUCAAAGCCAUGGGGAAGUUUGUGGCCACUCAAAGAACAGAAGGAAUUUCUACAUCAGACCUGAUUGCAAGGGUGGUCAAAGAUUAUGAUGUUUAUGUCAGGAGAAAUCUUGCAAGAGGUUACACUGCGAAAGAACUGAAUGUCAGCUUUAUUAAGGAAAAAGAAGUUCAGGUCAGGCAGAAAAUGGAUGAGAUCAAAGGGAAACUAACAGACAAGUCCCAGGAGGUGCUUCAAAAGUGGGAAGAAAAGUCCCGGGAUUUUAUAGGCAGCUUUAUCGACAUGUUUGGAAGGGAUGGUCGAUUGAACCAGUUGUUUGGCAAAGGCAAAGACACUAUAUUUGAUGCAGGGGCACGUAUCAAGGGGGCUGGAGUCAGAAUAAAGAGGGCGCUGUCACCAGGACGGAACAUAGACCCUGUGCUGGAUGUGUCUCCAUCUUGUUCUCCUUCGUCAUCACCCAAAUUUCCCCGCCUGUCUCUUCAGCCGGAAAUUAGUGACGAUGAGGAUGAUGGCAUUGAUGAUGGUAGUAAUAUGCCAAUUUGAUUGGUUAAAAUAAGAACACAGUCAUUCAAUUA